AUGGCAGGUCCCUUUUCCUUUGAGGAGGUGUCCGUCUCUUUCACGGAGGCAGAGUGGGCCCUGUUGAAUCCAGGCCAAAGAGCUCUGUACAGGGAAGUCAUGCUGGAGAACUAUGAGAAUGUGGCCUCUCUGGGUAAGGAUCUUUCAUGGACAACCCACACAGGGGAGAAACCUUUUGAAUGCUCAGAGUGUGGAAAGAGAUUCAGUCGGAGUGGCCAUCUUCAAGAUCAUCAGAGAACCCACACAGGGGAGAAACCUUUUGAAUGCUCAGAGUGUGGAAAGAGAUUCAGUCGGAGUGGCCAUCUUCAAGACCAUCAGAGAACCCACACAGGGGAGAAACCUUUUGAAUGCUCAGAGUGUGGAAAGAGAUUCAGUCGGAGUGGCUAUCUUCAAGAUCAUCAGAGAACCCACACAGGGGAGAAACCUUUUGAAUGCUCAGAGUGUGGAAAGAGAUUCAGUGAGAGUGGCCAUCUGCAAGGUCAUCAGAGAACCCACACAGGGGAGAAACCUUUUGAAUGCUCAGAGUGUGGAAAGAGAUUCAGUCAGAGUGGCAGUCUUCAACAUCAUCAGAGAACCCACACAGGGGAGAAACCUUUUGAAUGCUCAGAGUGUGGAAAGAGAUUCAGUGAGAGUGGCCAUCUGCAACGUCAUCAGAGAACCCACACAGGGGAGAAACCUUUUGAAUGCUCAGAGUGUGGAAAGAGAUUCAGUCGGAGUGGCCAUCUUCAAGAUCAUCAGAGAACCCACACAGGGGAGAAAUCUUUUGAAUGCUCAGAGUGUGGAAAGAGAUUCAGUCAGAGUGGCCAUCUGCAACGUCACCAUAGAACCCACACAGGGGAGAAACCUUUUGAAUGCUCAGAGUGUGGAAAGAGAUUCAGUCGGAGUGGCUAUCUUCAAGAUCAUCAGAGAACCCACACAGGGGAGAAACCUUUUGAAUGCUCAGAGUGUGGAAAGAGAUUCAGUCGGAGUGGCCAUCUUCAAGACCAUCAGAGAACCCACACAGGGGAGAAACCUUUUGAAUGCUCAGAGUGUGGAAAGAGAUUCAGUCGGAGUGGCCAUCUUCAAGACCAUCAGAGAACCCACACAGGGGAGAAACCUUUUGAAUGCUCAGAGUGUGGAAAGAGAUUCAGUCGGAGUGGCUAUCUUCAAGAUCAUCAGAGAACCCACACAGGGGAGAAACCUUUUGAAUGCUCAGAGUGUGGAAAGAGAUUCAGUGAGAGUGGCCAUCUUCAAGACCAUCAGAGAACCCACACAGGGGAGAAACCUUUUGAAUGCUCAGAGUGUGGAAAGAGAUUCAGUCGGAGUGGCUAUCUUCAAGAUCAUCAGAGAACCCACACAGGGGAGAAACCUUUUGAAUGCUCAGAGUGUGGAAAGAGGUUCAGUCGGAGUGGCCGUCUUCAACUUCAUCAGAGAACCCACACAGGGGAGAAACCUUUUGAAUGCUCAGAGUGUGGAAAGAGAUUCAGUCGGAGUGGCCAUCUUCAAGAUCAUCAGAGAACCCACACAGGGGAGAAACCUUUUGAAUGCUCAGAGUGUGGAAAGAGAUUCAGUGAGAGUGGCAGUCUUCAACGUCAUCAGAGAACCCACACAGGGGAGAAACCUUUUGAAUGCUCAGAGUGUGGAAAAAGAUUCAGUGAGAGUGGCAGUCUUCAACAUCAUCAGAGAACCCACACAGGGGAGAAACCUUUUGAAUGCUCAGAGUGUGGAAAGAGAUUCAGUCAGAGUGGCCAUCUUCAAGAUCAUCAGAGAACCCACACAGGGAAGAAACCUUUUGAAUGCUCAGAGUGUGGAAAGAGAUUCAGUCAGAGUGGCACUCUUCAACGUCAUCAGAGAACCCACACAGGGGAGAAACCUUUUGAAUGCUCAGAGUGUGGGAAGGGAUUCAGUCAGAGUGGCCAUCUUCAAGAUCAUCAGAGAACCCACACAGGGGAGAAACCUUUUGAGUGCUCAGAGUGUGGAAAGAGAUUCAGUGAGAGUGGCCAUCUGCAACGUCAUCAGAGAACCCACACGGGGGAGAAACCUUUUGAAUGCUCAGAGUGUGGAAAGAGAUUCAGUCAGAGUGGCACUCUUCAACAUCAUCAGAGAACCCACACAGGGGAGAAACCUUUUGAAUGCUCAGAGUGUGGAAAGAGGUUCAGUCGGAGUGGCUGUCUUCAACUUCAUCAGAGAACCCACACAGGGGAGAAACCUUUUGAAUGCUCAGAGUGUGGAAAGAGAUUCAGUCGGAGUGGCCAUCUUCAAGAUCAUCAGAGAACCCACACAGGGGAGAAACCUUUUGAAUGCUCAGAGUGUGGAAAGAGAUUCAGUCGGAGUGGCUAUCUUCAAGAUCAUCAGAGAACCCACACAGGGGAGAAACCUUUUGAAUGCUCAGAGUGUGGAAAGAGAUUCAGUGAGAGUGGCCAUCUGCAAGGUCAUCAGAGAACCCACACAGGGGAGAAACCUUUUGAAUGCUCAGAGUGUGGAAAGAGAUUCAGUUGGAGUGGCAGUCUUCAACAUCAUCAGAGAACCCACACAGGGGAGAAACCUUUUGAAUGCUCAGAGUGUGGAAAGAGAUUCAGUCAGAGUGGCCAUCUUCAAGAUCAUCAGAGAACCCACACAGGGGAGAAACCUUUUGAAUGCUCAGAGUGUGGAGAGAGAUUCAGUCGGAAUGGCCAUCUUCAAGAUCAUCAGAGAACCCACACAGGGGUGAAACCUUUUAAAUGCUCAGAGUGUGGAAAGAGAUUCAGUCAGAGUGGCCAUCUGCAACGUCACCAGAGAACCCACACAGGGGAGAAACCUUUUGAAUGCUCAGAGUGUGGAAAGAGAUUCAGUGAGAGUGGCAGUCUUCAACAUCAUCACAGAACCCACACAGGGGAGAAACCUUUUGUAUUCCAGAGUGAUUAG